ACAUCAGUGAUAACAAUAUGAUAUCACAACACCGUUUCGAAAUCUCGCUAGGUAUACAAUUCACCAUUAAACGUUGCAUGUUCGAAGUAUAGUUUUUAUUCAAUGAAAAAUGAAGAGUUUAUACGUUUUAAUUGUCUUACUUCAAAUGACAUGUUUUGGAAACUGCUUUAAUAUUUUGGUUGUUUUUCCUAUGCCUGCGCCAAGCCAUUUUAUUCUAGGAAAUGCACUAGCUAGGGGAUUAGCAGAGGCGGGACAUGAUGUCACGAUGGUGAGUCCCUACGAAGAUAAAAAUCCACCCAAAAAUGGAAAGUACUCAAAUAUUGUACUGGAGGGAAACACGCAAGCCCAAUCAAGUGCUCAUCGGAAAAUUAACUUAUUCAAAUUCGGGAAAGUUAACCCAUUUUUGAAUAUGAAAAGCAUGAACUAUAUUGGAAAGUCAGCUACAAACUCUACUUUUGCUAGUGAUAACUUCAAAAAACUGCUUGAAUCCGGUAAAAAGUUCGAUCUGGUCAUUGUUGAAUUAUUUGUUGACGCUGGUUUGGGAGUACUGGCUUGCCACUAUCAGACUCCUUUGGUGGUAUUCAGUACUUUAUCAUCCAACUACUGGGUGAACUCGUUAGUAGGGAAUCCAUCACCUUCAUCGUAUAUACCAGAUUUAUUCCUGACUUACUCAAGCAGUAUGAAUAUGUGGCAACGCUUUGUGAAUCUAUUGAUGUAUCUAGCUAAGGAUCUCAAUCACAGGUUUUCUUUCCUUCCGACUCAAAUAGAACUAGCAAGAAAACAUUUUCCCAAGUGUGUUGAUGAUAAUGGACUCAUUACAAAUGUAUCUCUUGUGCUCUUAAACGCACACGAAAGUAUUAAUGAUCCAGUACCAUAUGUGCCCAAUAUGGUGAAUAUCGGUGGAUAUCACGUGAAUCCCCCGAAAAGUUUACCUAAAGAUCUCCAAGAGUUCUGUGACAGUGCAAAAGAUGGGGUUGUAUACUUCAGCAUGGGUUCCAAUUUGAAACCCUCGGACAUGAGUCAGGACAGUAAACAAGCUUUAUUGUCUGCCUUAGGAAAACUGAAACAAAAGGUACUGUGGAAAUGGGAUGAAGAUCAUCUUCCUGGUAAACCUGAGAAUGUUAGAAUUGCCAAGUGGUUUCCGCAGCAAGAUAUUCUGGCUCAUCCCAAUGUGAAGCUUUUCAUCACUCAUGGCGGACUGCUCAGUACAAUAGAGACAAUCUAUUAUGGUGUUCCAGUUCUAGCAUUACCCGUUUAUGGAGAUCAGAGAAUAAAUUCUGCAAAAGCGGUUGCAGGCGGAUAUGCUUUAUCUUUAUCAAUAUCCGAACUAACCGAGAAAGAUGUAUCCGAAGCUCUAUAUGAACUUCUGAAUAAUCCAAAGUAUAGAGAAAAUGCGAAAAAGAGAUCAGCAAUUAUGCACGAUAGAAAGGUGAAACCUAUGGACCUGGCGACAUAUUGGAUCGAAUAUAUCAUCCGACAUAAAGGAGCUCCACAUCUGAGAGUGGCAGCUUUGAAUUUAACGUGGUAUCAAUAUUACAUGGUGGAUAUCCUUUUGCUGCUUCUAUGCAUCGGUGCCAGUUUCUUGCUAGCUGCUUAUUUUAUAUUCAUAAACUUGUUCUGUUCGAGAAGAACCGAUUCUAAAUUGAAGAAGAAUUGAAAAUUGUAAUCUAGAGAAAAAAAUAUUUGAUGAUUGAACAACUCAGUAUUUUUCAGAUUUUAUUUAUUUAUCAACGAAACCAGAACUAUUUUCACAUUUAUUAUCCAACAUUAUUGUUUGAAAAAAGUAAAUAUUUUGAGUUUU